AGUUGAGAAUAUUAGUUUUGUUUUUAUGAGCGGUAGUGUUUAUAAUGCGUUUCGUAAGGAUUAUUUAAGGAAUCAUGCAGUGAGAAUUCCUCCGCUUCUUGAAGAUGGAAUUAAAGUAUUGAUAUAUGCGGGAGAAUAUGAUCUCAUUUGCAAUUGGUUAGGGAACUUGUGGUGGGUUAGGGAGAUGAAAUGGUCGGGUCAGAGACAAUUCUAUGGUGCUUCCAUAGCUUCGUAUGUAGUCGACGGUAAUUUGAAGGGACAACUUAAUAUGGACCUCUAUCAUUCCUUAAGGUUCUUAACUCUGGACAUAUGGUUCCUAUGGAUCAACCCAAAGUGGCAUUGGAGAUGCUGGAUAGAUGGAUAAAAGGGAUUCUUUGAAUGUCGGAAAGAACCAUUGCUUCAGUAGUCAGAUCAGAUUAAUUCAUUGUUCG